AUUUUCUUUAUUAUUGUGAACUGCAUGCAGGGCCGUAGCUAGGAUUUGUUGCUGAAGACAAACUCAAAGUUGUCCUUUUUAUAAUUUGGAAGCCCACCAUUUAAAAAAAAUCCUGGAUCCGCCUCUGAUCUGUUAGUGUCGAACCAAUUCGUUCAUCUUUUAAUUGUCCGAAGAGCGCGAUCCGCAUUUUGCCUUUUGAACCAACUGGAGAAUGCUCCGGUUCGAAUGCUCUGUGUAUUGGGAAGUUCCGGUCAUUAAAUGCGGAUUGCACUGGGAAGUAGGUGCUUGUUUACCAAACCAAACAAAACCAUUAUGGGAAUAACAUGACUGUAGUCGUAAACGCAGUGGAUAUAUCCAGAUUGCAAACUCCAUAGACGUAUUUUAUCAUUUACGAGACGAGACUAUCGAAGCUUUUCGGCCUCCCGAUACUUCCUCCAUUGCUGAGAAAUUCCCACUUGCUUUGUGGUUGUGAAUCGGCGACAGGAUAGAACGUCUAUAUCAUCCGAAUAAUUAUCGACCUUGGCAGUCUUGAAAUAGAUUUCUCUGCUACACUUGGAAGCAAGAGAUAAAGGUCAUUGCUUCGCCGUUUCCCAUGACAGCGUAUUCGAAAGGUGUUUGGCAACAGUACACUGAAUGUACCUGAUGCUAUGUCAUGGACGUCUCUUUACACACAAUUCUUAUUUCACUUCUGAUUGGAUUAUCGGUGUCGGUCAAUCUUAAUCCAUUGGAUAAGUUGCAGCAAGCUGAUGACCAGAAUUCUCAGAAAGAGAUUUAUUACAAAUACAAAAGCCAGUAUGACCACAAGGUAGCACUACAACAACAACUCCAGUUGCAGCUACAGAAUCAACAAAAGGUGAAGGUUCAACAACACCAGCAGCUACAGAAAGUUUAUCAACAGCAGCAGCAGCAGCAGCAACAGCAGGAGCAGCAACAACAAGAUGGAUCAUCACAACACAAGCGUCAUCAAGAACAACUAGAGCUGGUGAAACAGCAGGGAACACAAAACAGUCCUAGACAAUUUUAUGAUGGUCGUGGACAAAGAGUUAAUCAUGGACUUGAUGGCUCGGACAACAGUUAUUGGACUACAGUAGCGGCACCGGUUCGAAACCAAGAGUCUGUCUUCAGUGACGGCGAUGGAAGGCAGCGCCAUCAUGGCAUUCCACAGAGGAUACCUGUCGACAGCAAUAAGCAGGAGCAGGCUGUUCAUCAUGGAGGAAAGGGUAGCAUUCUUUAUGUUAAAAGUCUGCAAAAUGCAGGUUACAAUGGAAUGGAUAAGAAUGCUGGCGAUGAAAGUGUAGAUCGCCCCAAUGUAGGGGUGAGACAGUUUGAUUCACAGCAGAAUGGUCUUCCCACUAUGAGACGUGGCGAUAUUCCGGGGGAUCAAGACUCGCACGUUCUGCCUGCCGUAGCCGUGGGCGGUGGUUACAAUGCCAACAACCAAGAUUUCAGUGACCGUGAUAACACCCCAGAGUCGAAUAUCCAUCGUUUUCCGGCUGAUAAGCCUGCAUCUUAUGACAGGCCUGGUGUCAUUAGGACGGUCAACGAUCCAGUGGAUGCCAACCAGAACCAGAACAAUGGUGACCAACAGCAGGACAACUACCCAAACUUCAACAAUUUCCCACAGCAUCCCCAAAGGGAGCUCGGUGGCUUCAAGCUUAGCUGGGAUUGGUCCGAUUUCUCGGUGACCUUUGACGACUACGGUGCAGCAGAGCUGAAGGUGAGACGGGCGCCCCAUGCCACGACAGGAGAACCGUGGCCGAUGCCUCAGUAUUACAUCAAAAAGAAAAAAAAGGUUUCCAAAAUCGACAAAGACGCAUUCCAUUUUAAGAUCAUUGCCGAGACGUGUGAUAUCAUAGAGGAAGGUAUCCGGCGGUAUCGCAAAACCAUUCUUGAAGAUGCCGUUGAGGAUAUGUACGAUAACCUCCAGAAUGCUGAAGGAACAACCAUAGACAACCCAGCGUCCAAGUAUGAGCAGGAUGUGUAUAGAAAGGCGCCAGUGAUUACAAGCGUUGAUGUUAAAAUACACAAGCCCUGCUCCAAGUAUCCAUCAGUGGAGUCUGAUGAAUCAUAUGACAUUAAGGUGAAGAAGGGUCGGGCUUCAAUCAUGGCCAAUGAGGUGUGGGGUGCACUGCGGGGCCUGGAGACGUUUAGUCAGCUCGUAUGGAAGGGUCUGGAUGGCGAAGAUCCCGACGACAGAGGAAAGAAUGCCAAUCUGUACGUGCGGGAGUGUGUGAUCAGCGAUUACCCACGAUUCCCCCACAGAGGAAUCCUCAUUGAUUCGUCACGACACUUUAUCUUCAAAGAGGUCAUUUUUGAUGUCCUGGAUGCCAUGGAACAGAACAAGAUGAAUGUCAUGCACUGGCAUAUAGUGGACGAUCAGUCAUUUCCCUACCAGAGUGAAGUGUUCCCCGAACUCAGCAAGAAGGGAGCAUUUCAUCCAUCGUUUGUUUACACCCAGGAAGAUCUGAGAGAAAUCAUUGACUAUGCUAGAUUCCGUGGUAUUAGGGUUAUGCCCGAGUUUGAUACUCCAGGUCAUACAUAUUCAUGGGGUCUGAGUCGACCCGAGUUGCUGACGCAGUGCUACCAGGGUUCACAGAUAGUGAAGGGCUACCUCGGCCCCAUCGACCCGACCAAGAACUCGACAUACCGCUUUCUGAAAACCCUGUUCUCUGAAGUUCUCAAUGUCUUUAAAGAUCAAUACAUACAUCUGGGUGGUGACGAAGUACCUCUUUCAUGCUGGUCUUCAAACCCUGAUGUUGUUAAUUUUGGUUUAAACCUCCAGAAGAAGGAGUCUGGGUUGGGGGCGACCUCUAAUGAUCAGUCCUACUACAACAGUUUACAGUUAGACAUUCGUAAAGUGUACGAGUAUUACGUAAACAGACUGAUAAAAGACAUCCAUGACAUUGGGAAGACGAAGAAAGAUGGCAUCAAGUUCAUUAUGUGGCAAGAAGUGAUGAACAAUGAUCUCCAGCUGCCGAAUGACACAAUAAUUGAAGUGUGGAUGGGUGAGAUGGCAGACGUGAGUCGAGCUAUCGGGAUGGGCUACAAGGUGAUAUACUCCACCUGUUGGUAUCUCGACCGCAUCGAGUACGGCACCAAGUGGACCAAGUACUACCAGUGCGAUCCAGCCGAUAACACGUUUGGCUACACGAUUGAUGAGAAGAUGGUGCUGGGAGGUGAGGCUUGUCUGUGGUCUGAAUAUGUCGACAACGAAAACCUCAUGACAACUCUGUGGCCACGAGCAUCGGCCACAGCUGAGCGACUCUGGAGUGCUAAAGACAUCCGUGACCUGGAUACUGCGGGGAGUCGACUUCAGGAACAUCGGUGUAGAAUGUUGAGUCGAGGUUUGAGCGUGUCUCAGAUCAGCGGACCUGAUUACUGUCUAAGACGUGGAUUUGGUCGUCGUGGCAACCAGAAGGAGCACAACAACACGUGUACGAGUGGGCGGUGCGUGAAGUCACGUGAUAACAACUUUGUAGAAGUUGAAGACAUCAGGCUGCGUAUGACUCGAAGAGGUCGACAUAACUCUGAUUGUCAGAAGACCAACAUUGGAACCCCAAGCAUUUUCAUCCUAGGAUCUCUAGCAGUCAUGUUGUUUGCCCUCAUGAUUGGAUACCAAAAGACUGGUGGUAGACUGCCUAGUUACAAAUUAUGCAAAAAUAGGACCAUUUUGCUUUUGUUCGCGAGUGUGUUGUUUAUUUAUUUUAUGUGUUACACAAGUUUUUGGAUGAAUAUGUUCGAACUUUCUGGAUCAUUCCACAAAACACAUCAUAGCAAUAUUGCGGAAAUAGAGGAAAGGUGAUAGUGAAAAUGGUUUAUUCAUCUGGAUGCAAAGAUUUUGUGUUGUUUGGAAGAAUAUAUUAUCUGAUGUAUUAGGUUUUUACAGAAGGUGAUGCAAAGAUCAUGAGUAGUUUACAAGAAUAUAUUAUCAGAUGUGCAAAUUUUAUGAAAGGUGAUACAAACUUUGCAAAAUAGGAUUCAAGAAUACCAGUUUGUUAUCCAGGAUUGUAUACCAGUAUACAGUGACGGAUCUGCAAGAUUUCUAGAGAUGGCUAACUGAAAAUCAUGAAUUGUAUACAAGAAUGUCUUAUCUUUUGGAGAUCUGCAGUGAUCUCCCUUGAUGAGACUGUCGGUGAUAUUUUCUAUACAGUCAGUUAUCAUUUCCAACAGUUUUAUUCAUUAAAUUAAUAGCCAGAUUUAUAUGUAAGGGUUGUUCAACAAAUUAUUAAAUAGGAACUGGGUAAGAGGCAAUUAUUUUUAAACCCACUAAAAAUGUACACACAGAUACCGACAUCCCAUUGCCAAUAAUAACCCAACGAAACCCCCCCCCCCCACUAUUUGAAGUAAAGUUUACUGAAAAUCCACCGUGCUUUAAUAUGCAUUUAUCAGAUCCACCAGCCAUCACAAAAAUAGUUGCCUCCACCACCCCCAUCCUAAGUUCCACCCCUUUUAAUUAUUAAUUAAUAGUUAUUACGGUUCAGGCACGUGUGUCUUGGGCAUGGUCUCAGACCUCUUCAGUAACCGUGACUGAGACAGAUGUAUUAUCAGGAAUAGCCCUAAAAUAACAAGUAUGUCACAAGCUUCUUCUAUAAUAUGGAUAUAUAAUUUGCAUAAUAAUUAAGGAUUUUUUAGAAACAAUUUAUUUAUAUAUUUUGCACUAUAAUUUAUUUAGGAAUCAUCCCAAAUUAUGAAUAUUUAGUUUUGGCUAAGGAUGUUGUAAUAUAGGUUAUAAAUACUGUGAUUUUUAAAAUUAAAAAAAACAUUUUGUUUAUUACAGUAAAUUGUUUUAUUCCCCACCUCAGUAUUUUACUUUAAAUUUGUUUUAACAAUGUAUUAUGUUCUACUUAUUUUGUUUUAGUUGUAAUAAAAGCCUUACAUUUUAUACAUGGUAAACACAGAUUUUAAAUCAGGACAAAAUCACUACAACAGCAAACCCAAUUUAAUGAUAGAGUGACCGGAGGAUAAAGGUGGUUGUUAUAAACAAAGUUUGGCUGUACUUUUAAAUUUUGAUCAUCACCAAAACUAAGCAGGUGUCGACACGCAUAGUUUAAAGUAACAUUUUGAGAGAAGGAAGAAAGUAAAUGUUUUAUUUAACGAUGCACUCAACAUAUUUAUCUCUUAGAAAAAAAAAAAUUCUUACAAUCAGCCUUCAAUUAAGGGAUAAUAUUACGUAUACCUCUGUUGACCACUCUAGUGUCGAUUUAAUGUUAUGUACCAAAGUAUAGUUUUGUAUGUGUUAGUAAUUUAAAAAACAAACAAACAAAAAAGAAAAAACAAAAACCAUGAGCUGCCUGCAUUUUGGAUAUUGCGAAAAUUUACUGCAACGAAUAAUACCUGUUUUACAGUAUAUACAAAGCUAACAUGUAUUCCACCUCCAUCGAUCUACCUUUCCAUUAUAAACAGUAGAAGAGCUGAUUUAACAUGUCCCAGAUUGCAUCUAAAGUUAGCAAUCCCCCAUCGCCACCUCAGCCAGCACCACCUCAGCUACUUAAAGUGACUCAAGUCUUUUCAUUAUCAGUAUUAAUCAUUAUUGAUCCACCAGAUAAAAAAUUUUCAAUAAGUCUGAACAGUACAAAAUAACCAAUGAACACUUUGCAUCUGUAAUUUUAUUUCAGCUUUCAGUGUUAGUAUAACAUAUACAUUCAGGGGUGCAUAAAUUAAAAAUAUUUAACCAACCCACCAAACUAGAACCAACUGAAAUUUACUAGCCUGCCAGAAUUUCUACUAAUCUGCCAGUCUGUAGAACAAUAUAUUAUUAUUAACAAUAUUAUAAUGUACAGUGUCUUCACUUCAAAUGAAAUAUAUAGAUAUAUUGACAAAACAUUAAGAACACUUGUUAAGUGGUAAGUGAUAACAUUAAUCGAAAAGACAGAUAGACCGUCGAACUGGUAGUUGCAUUUUUAACUCGUCCGUUAGAAUUUUAACUUGCAUUUGGCGACUUUCUGCAGCCCUGAGACAUGUACAUGUAUAUAGUGUUAUAUUGCUAUAAACCUAGUUUUAUUAAUUAUUUGAUAUUAUGAUGCAUAACAUAAUAGUCACCAUAAAUUAAACUGGUCAAUUUAAAUUUCUGUAUGUAAUAUAAUGCAACAACAAAGUAUUGCCAGACAUUAAAUUAAACAAAGUAAUGUGCCAACUUUAAAAGGAGCUUUAAAAAUCGAAUCAUAAACUGAGUAUUAUUUAGCAAAAUAAGUGAAAUGUAUUUGGGUUGUAUGCAACAUAAUUGAAUUUUAAAAAAUGCUUCCUUGGUAUUUGUAAUAUAACUUCUAUACAAGUAUCUAUAUAUAUGUAUUUGUAAUAUGGCGUUGGUCAUUCUACUUAACUGAUAAAAUAAAUUUUGUUUUAGUAGGAGUAUAGUAUGAAUAUUUUAUCUUUAGAAACCCUUUUAGUUUUAGCAAGAGAGCAUAAGUCCAAAACAUUUGUUUCCCCAACUCCUGGAUGUCAGUAUUAAUCCACCAACCGGUCUAUAAGGACCACACACAAAAACCUGCGAAAUAUGGACUUUAACAUUCAUCUGUUUACCAUAAUUUCAAAGUUAAAAUAAAAUGCAUUUGCAUGUACAUUGUCUAAAUGUUUCUAAUAUAAUAUAAAGUGUCCUUUGUAGGCAGGUGGUUUAUAUACACGGUGCCCAUUGUAGUAUGUUCUUCUGUAGUUAGUCAAUGAAACUGUUUAACCAUUUUCUAUGUAGGAAAAGACAGAUAUAUAAAAAUAUUUUAUAGUACAUAUACAUGUGUAUUUGUAACAGCAUUUAUUAUUUAGUUUUAGUAAGUCAGGUGUGUGUGCAGGGGGUGGAUUUCGGGGGUCGUACCCCCUCCCCUGCUCAAGCUAAUUUUCUUUUGUUUCAAUACAUUUUCUGGGGGAGCCAAAUUCUAGACUAACCCUCCCCACUGCUAAAGUUCCUGCACACACACCUUUAAGGGUAUCUUUAUUUCAGGCAGUAGUACACAUAGCUGGUGUCUUAACAAAUUUGCUUUGCUUUAUUUCUUUCUGUCUUGUCCAAAGUUAUACUUCUGAAUUUUACAAAACUAUCAAAGAUACGGGGUGGAUUUACCAAUCCUAUUUUGGACUUCAGGACUUCUAGAUUAUGGUAGCCCCACUCCCAUGGCUAGUGAUAUUCAAUGUUGGGCUAGUAAAUAACUACUAUUGCCAUGCCCGAUGGCUAGUGGAUUUUUUUGGGGUCAAAUGUUGCAGU